GAAGGAUUUUUGCUGGGAGAAGUAAGACAAGAGGAAACCUUUAGCAUCAGUGACUCACAAAUAAGCAAUACAGAAUUUCUACAAGUAAUUGAAAUUCAUAACCAUCAGCCUUGUUCAAAACUUUUUAGUUUUUAUGACUACGCAAGCAAAGUUAAUGAAGAGAGUUUGGACAGGAUUCUUAAAGAUCGGAGAAAGAAAGUUAUCGGGUGGUACAGAUUUCGGCGAAAUACGCAGCAGCAAAUGUCCUACCGAGAGCAGGUGCUCCACAAGCAGCUUACUCGCAUCCUCGGUGUGCCUGACCUCGUCUUCCUCCUCUUCAGCUUCAUCUCCACCGCCAAUAAUUCCACUCAUGCUUUAGAAUAUGUUCUCUUUAGACCAAAUAGAAGGUAUAAUCAAAGGAUAUCACUUGCUAUUCCCAAUCUAGGCAAUACUAGCCAGCAAGAGUACAAAGUGUCUUCAGUGCCAAAUACUUCUCAGAGUUAUGCCAAAGUUAUUAAAGAACAUGGUACUGACUUUUUUGACAAGGAUGGAGUAAUGAAAGACAUCAGGGCAAUUUAUCAAGUUUAUAAUGCACUUCAGGAAAAAGUGCAGGCAGUGUGUGCAGAUGUAGAAAAGAGUGAGCGAGUUGUUGAAUCUUGUCAGGCAGAAGUGAACAAAUUAAGAAGACAAAUCACUCAGAGGAAAAAUGAAAAGGAACAAGAAAAAAGGUUGCAACAGGCAAUGUUAAACAGACAGGUGCCGUCUGAAAGCUUGGAGCCAGUGUUCAGUCCUCGGAUGCCCUAUUCUGGGUUUGCAGCCGAAGGCAGAAGUACACUUGACGACGCAGAGGCCUCUGAUCCUCCUCCCCCUUAUUCAGAUUUUCACCCAAACAGUCAAGAAAAUACUUUGAGCCAUUCCCGCAUGGAAAGGAGUAUUUUUAUGCCUCGACCUCAGGCCGUGGGCUCUUCUAAUUAUGCUUCUACCAGUGCCGGACUGAAAUAUCCUGGAAGUGGAGCAGACCUUCCUCUUUCCCAAAGAGCAGUUGGCGACAGUGGUGAGGAUUCAGAUGACAGUGAUUAUGAAAAUUUGAUUGACCCUACCGAGCUCUCUAAUAAUGAAUACUCACAUUUGAAGGAUCCACGACCCAUGACACAUCCUGAUGAGGACCCCAGGAACACUCAGACCUCCCAGAUUUAACAAAACAAAAGAAACUCUCCACUUAGCACUGUUUUUCUUAAUUGCUUAUUGAGAAAGUUUUUGAGGACUUAACCUGGGAGAGAACUGCUUUCUCAGCUACCUUGACUCCCUUGGGGAGAUUGUGCACAGAACUAGGAGCCUCUAUCCGCUGGUCCUCACCUCUGGACGCAGUGCGCAGCUUUCAUGACAGAAUCAUUAAGAUAAUCAAGUUAUCCUAAUUCUGGUGCGAUUCAUGGAUGUACUGGUAAAUGUAGGCAAAGCAAAACUUAUCAGUGUAGUUUCUGUUCUUUAAAAUAAAUUGGAAGUUAGAGACUAAGCACAAUUAGUCUAUAAAUGUCCUGUAAAUCAAAAAACUUACCUCUUGCACUAUCAUGCCUUGAAAUUUACUUUUUCAAAGGGAAAUGAGUUUAGCAGCAGCCUUCAAAGAACUUCUUUCUAUGAUGAGCCAAAUUCAUCUUUGCCAGAAAAGAAAUUUUGAUAAUUCCAAGAAGUCUGAUUGGAACAAAUCAGAUGUACCUUCUCUUGUCUGCAUGACUUUGUGAGAUUGAAAGAGAGGGCUUUGUUUCAACUUUUUUCUACUAGCCUGAUAUGUAUUGUCACUUAAAAUGGUUGCCUUUAAAAAAAAAAAAAUGUAGAAAUACUAAUUACCAGUAAGUAAUCAUCCAAAUAAGUAUGUCAUAAAUAAAUGAAUUAUUUUUCUCUCGGUGGAUUACAGUGACUACUGCACUAACACAUUCAUGGUCUCUGUCCUGCAGUCUUAAGGAAGGACACAUAGCAGUGGAUAACAGGAGUUAUGGACCAGGCCUGGGGUUUAUGGUGAACAGAUUCCAGACAGCGUGCAUUUAGCUGCGUUCACAUGUAAGGGAUAGAUCUUAUUUAGAUCUGACAAAUCCUAGUGUUUGUUCUAUUUGUGAAGGAAAGACAUUGAAUGAACUGUUUGGGAAUCUUGGUGAAUAUAGCUUCAUUUUAAAUCUGAAUAACCAUACUUAUUUUUUCCGAUUUGCCAUUUGAGAGAUAAUGGCAGAACGUGUAGAGACCCUGCUGGGAUGCACUUAUACUUGAUUUAAUUACUGCUUGUUCUCUAGUUUUGCCCAGAACAGAUGAAACUACUAAGGCCUUCACGAGCCUAUUGGGCUCCUGGUUUGGAAAUGGCAAGACCCACCAUUUUUAUGCCUAGGUCAGCCCAUCAAGUUAAUACUUGGAGUUUAACUGCCUUUCCUUUGGACUAGUUAAAACCUGUAAGAAUAAGGAAGUUGUUAGAGAGGUUUAAAAUCUGGGUCCCAAAAAAGUAGUUUUAUUUUGUAGGAUAGACAUUUACUCACUGAGCUCCAGUUCCAGUACUAAAUUAGAUAAUACGGACUGAAAAAAUGAAAUGCUAAAACUGCCAUUCUUUGGAUAUCCACUCUAUGGGGUCUGUAUUUUAACUGCUGUCCUGGUUUUGUUGGCCUUAUACCACUGCCAUUUGAUUUAAAAUGUUGCAGGCCACUUUAUCUGCAAAGGUGUUCCGGUUUUUAUCAGCUACCUACUACGCGGCUUCAGCACCAGUGUGAAUUUAAUUUUUUUUUUUAAGUGCCAUUGCCAUCUCCUCUGUUCAGAUUCUGACAUUCAGGAAAAUAUUUUAUUUUUAUGCCAUACUGAAAUCUACAAUGUAUAUCUGACAAAGCAGUUAAAUGUGACAAUAAAAACUUAUUUAAUCAUGA